AACAUUAGAAACAGAAGUUCAACUUCAGCCACAAGAUUCUACAGCAGCUGGAACUCAGAGAGCUCCAGUCUGUAGUGUCCAGCAUCAUGUUUAUUACUGGGGUUGUGCCUCAUUUGAUUGGGCUACUUGUUUUUUUAGCUCCAGUCAUUUCUGUAAGAGGAUCAGAAGUGCGAGGAUUCCUGGGACAGUCGGUCACACUGCCGUGCAGAUACUCUGUCAGAAAGAAUGGUGAAACUGAAAUGUGCUGGGGCAGGGGACAUUGCUCUUUACUUGACUGUUCACAACCACUGAUCAGAACAAAUGGGAAAACUGUAACUGAAGCAAUUUCCACAAAAUACCACCUUGAUGGUAAAAUAGAGGAAGGAGAUGUAUCGCUCACAGUUGGCAAUCUACGUGAAGAAGACAGUGGCUUGUAUUGUUGCCGUGUAGAGAUUACCGGUCUCUUUAAUGAUCAGAAAGACCUUUUUAAUCUGCUGAUUUUGGAAGGAAACAGCACACAGACUCCAUCACCCUCUAGCGUGUCCCUUACUACAGGACAUGGCAACCAUUUCACUUCAAAUGCAACUGAAGGUCAGAUCUACAUCUCCAAAUAG